AUGGCGGCCCCCCACGGUGAAAGCCGUCCAGGCCUAGCCUCAAUUCCGAAUCUACAGCAUCCCUCAAGUACGAAUAAUUCAGAUCUCAUUAGUAUCACCAAUUCUAAUAUCAAUAGCACUAGCAUUACGAGCAACAGCAACGACGGUAGCACCAGCAAAAAAGUACGGGCGUCAUGGUACAAUUCACGAGACAAUAACAAAGGCAAAGACCAAGACAAUAACGACAGUUCGUCAGACGAAGACGAUGAAGAUCACCACAACAAAACACCGAGUCCCAAACGAAGGUUUGAUCUAGACCUAGUAGGAGCCUCUACACCACUUCAUGUUUUGCAGGGAAGAGCAGCCAACGAUUCAAUUUCGUUUCUCUCCCCUAUGAACAAGUUGAACAAUCUUCACUUGGAGCUGGACGUCAUAGAAGAGAGUUUUCAACUUCCAGAAGCUACCAAAGAUUACUAUACUGAGGAUGAAGAAGAUGAACACGAAGAUGACUUUAGCCUCGGAGAUAAGACUAUAACGAAUGAUACAGAUAGCGAUAUUGAGUUUCAUGAGAUUGACGGUAUUGACAACGAUCAUCCUGGACUUGAGUCGUCUUCGUUUGCAUCGCCUAAGUUCAUAUCUCAUCGCAAACGUCUCCAUAUAGAUUCGCCUUCUGAUAUGGUAAUUACCCCCAAUCACAGCGACUCGAUGCGUGCUUCAUCAUUUCGAAACUCACAUACACACGACUCAAACGACAUGUCUAUUUGUACAAAUAGUUCAUUGAAGUUGGGCUUCUCCAGCAGUGAUUCCACGCCUUGUCCAACUCAACCGAAACGUAAAAAGCUCAAAUUCAAGCGUUCCUCGGGAGAAAACGCACCUUCUGUCACGAAAACUUUACGAAACAAACCAAUGCUUAAUCUCUCGCACUCUGUGAAGACAACGGUUUCGGAUAUAGCUGCAAAUGCUGUUCAACCACCGGUUUCUUCAUUAGAUGAAAGCGACGAAUUCUCCAGCUCUCCGCCUCGAGUAGUCUUCACAUCUUCAGCACCUGGCCAGAACAACAAUUCUACGCCCAUUUCACAGUCUACGCCUUCGAAUUCACGAGCUUCUACUCCUCCCUGUUUAUAUCAAGAAUUUGGAGAGUCUGUGAAUGGUUACAAGUUCGUGAAACCAGUAGGAAAACCACAACAGUUCAGUUAUGAGACGCCGGUCAACAACAACAGAACUACUACCGUAAACAAGUUGCGCGAAUCGUAUAAUCGCCGAGAGUUUACACCUAUGGAAGUACAAGUAGAGCAAGGUACGUAUGAGAUCAUCGGUGAAUUUCCUAUGGCCUCUGCUGGAGUUAUGGACGAGAGCGAGCCGGAAAUACAUAUAGGAGAUAAGCGUAUAAACGAUCCGUAUCUCACAACUCCUCUGGCUACGGGUCUGGAUUCAGUAAAAGACUAUAGACCAAAAAGAGAUUACAGGUCGGAGUACUUUAACCAGUUGCGACUCCCGUUGCCUCCUCCUAACUUCGAUAACCAGGAGAGUUUGGCUAAAGAACAAUUGCAAGUUUUAGUGAACGACAAAGAAAAAGUCCUUGAGUUUUUAAACUUGAUUUCAUUAGAAGGCGAAGAUAUAAAAGAACUCGUCAAAAACGAACGGAUUAGAUGGCAUCCAGAUCGAUGGGCAUCCCGAUUUAAGAAUAAUCAUGAAAGGGUUUUCUUUGAUCGCGAUAUUGUCGGUAACGUUUGCCAGGUUAUGAAUUCAAUAAUUGAGGAAUUAUUUUCUUGA